AUGGAGUCAUUGUCAGAUGAAAGAUUUACUAAUAAGAAGAAGAUAGGUUCAGGAACAUAUGGAGUCGUCUAUUCAGCAUAUGACAACGUCCUCGAGAAAGAAGUCGCCAUCAAGGAUAUCAAACUAGAGGGUGAGGAAGAAGGUAUCCCUAGCACUGCACUUCGAGAGCUCUCUCUUCUUCAAGAUCUUGACCACAAAAAUAUUGUUAAGCUUGAAGAUAUUAUCUGUGAAGAGAGUAAAAUUCAUUUGGUCUUUGAACUAUGAAAAUAUGACCUUAAGUAUUUGAUCUAUGACUACAAAAAGCCCAUCCCUCCAGUGAAAAUCAAGAGGUUCAUGAAAGAAUUACUUGAAAGUAUUGAGUAUUGCCAUGCGAAUGGCAUUUUUCAUCGAGAUUUGAAACCAAACAACAUCCUAAUUGAUCACAAUGAUGAACUUAAAGUAGCUGAUUUUGGUCUAGCUAGGGCUUUUAGUCUUCCAAUGAAAGAUUAUACCCAUGAAGUAGUCACUCUAUGGUACAGAGCUCCUGAAAUCCUUCUUGGUGAUAACAAUUACUCUGUUCCUAUCGAUAUAUGGGCUUGUGGAGUGAUCUUUUAUGAACUAGCUCAUGAAAAACCUUUCUUCUAUGAGCAGUCAGAGAUAGGAGUUCUCUUCAAAAUCUUCCAGCUCCACGGAACUCCCACUGACGAAACCUGGGAAGGGGUUGAAAAGUUCAGAUUUUACAGUAAAAAGUUCCCAAAAUGGAAAGGCAAGGAACUUUCUCUAGAAAGCUGACGUAAUUUCGACGAGGAAGCACUUGACUUAUUUUCAAAGAUGAUAGCUCUCAAUCCCAUCAAUAGAAUCUCCGCUACUGAAGCACUGAGACAUCCUUACUUUACUGAUGUAUAA